AUGAUCGCCGCCACUGUAUUUGGUACGCCAUAUCGAGUGGCCACCAUCACAGGUACUGAUUAUAGUGUAGCUUUCCCUGGUGCUAAUCUCGGCGUCGCCGAUAUAUCAGUUUUCCUGGAUCUUCUUACUAUAAUGUAUUUCUCGGUCUACACCCCUCUGAGGAUCCGCCGUCUUUUCCCCGUUGCUGUGGCCAUCAACAUCAUCUACGCUGGAAUAUCAAUUGGACUCGGAGUCCCGUCAUACGACGCCAACGCGGACGUCGUGCCAGCGUCCACAACAGAGAACUGGUUUGCUGUGUCGCUGACUCUAAUGGUGAUUCUGAGCUCUAUUCUCGGCUUGACGGGAAAGUAUCGUCUUGAACUCUUCCAAAGGACCAAUUUCCUCCAUUUGGAGGUUUCACAGCGGAGAAUAGAUGUACUCGAGAGGACCAUAGUAGCGUUCGACAGUUCUAAUAACAAGGCAACAAGAGUUACUCAGAUGCAGCUAACGCACAAGAGGUUGUUGUUGAUGGAAAAGCUGAUAUUCCGGGCAAGAUCGACGGGCUUAAGUGGUCUUAAUGUCCAUAACGGACAGCUGGCAAGCGACUUGGACCACGCACUAUCCUUGGUGAGGAAGUCAGAGAAGUCUCUUUUUGUAUUAGACUUCCAGAAGGAGGUUCUAAUGGAAGGUAUGUCGUCGCAUCAGCAGCAGAGGUUGGCGUCUGGAGAGACUCCUAGGUCGGGCGAGUCGGGUAGUCGUGGAGGUCAUGGUGGCCCAGCAGCAUCAUUGUUGUAUUGCUCGGCACUCUAUACUCCUAUGUCUAGCGUGGCACAGGGCUCAAGGGCAUCAGCAGCAGCAGCGGCAGCACGGUACGGUUUAGGUGGUAGCGCCUCGUCGGUUGCUGUAAUGCCCGGUGGUGAAUAUACUACUGUGUGUUUUGUUGAUGAUUAUGAAGAACUACUGACUAGAGUUGGCCAUGACUUUACCUUGGAUGUUGAGGAGCUGUGGACCUCUCAUCAAGAAAGUCGGCGGAAUCCUGAGUGUGUGUUGGCUCUGUACAUGGCAGUGGCACGAGCCUGUUUCCCAGAUGACCAAGCUAACCGAAUACUCAAUAUUGGUUCGGAAAGCCACGAUGGUAUCCGAUGCCCAGUGUAUGAGAGGUUCCUCUCGGAGCUGUGUAGUCGGUAUCUAUUAUCAGUACCAUAUCAUAAUGCUGUCCAUGCUGCACAAGUAACCCAUCACUGCGCUGCUAUCAUCAACUCGCUGGGCAUUCGUUCGAGAUUGUCCGAUCUCGAUUGGGCGUCGUUGAUUAUCGCUUGUCUGAGCCAUGAUGUUGGCCAUUUCGGUCACACCAACAAGUUCUUAAUAGAAACACGGCAUCCUCUGGCCCUACGGUACAACGACCGUUCUGUUAUGGAGAACUACCAUGCGGCUACUAUGUUUGAUAUGCUUAAAGAGAGCGAGGACUGGGAUAUCUCCCGAGGCCUCUCUAGGUCCGAAUUGAAGCGUUUCCGAAGUCAAAUCGUGGCAUUGAUAUUGAGCACUGACAUAGAAGCACUCCCAAAGCUCGCAGACCAGAUAAAGGUAUGUCGCUGCUCAAGUGUAGAUAUGCUGACAGCAGACUCACGACUCAUCCGAGGGCUCAGCAUAUCCAUGGCGGACUGCGGCCAUGUUUGGCUCACUUGGGAUUUGCACUAUAAAUGGGCAGUGAGGCUGUGCGCCGAAUUCGCGGCUGAGGCGCGCGAAUUAGCGAAAGUGAACAGGCAAGUAACAGCGCCGCCGUGGUCGGACAGCUCGCCGGCAUCAAAUGUAGACCCGUCACCGCGCACACAAAUCUCCUUCAUCGAACGAUGGCCAAUUGUGAUGAUUGAAGCACUUGAGAGUCUCAUUGGGAUCGACGAGACUGGAUUCUCUAGUACGGCUUGUGAAUGGUCGAAGGCUGUAAGGCGAGCAAUACGUGACAAUGUUUCACACUGGAAGGAGAGUGAAGCAAGUGAGGAGGAGGAGGUUGUUCGAACGACCGUAGGCGUGGUGGAUACGGAUGCAGCAGUGGGCAGAGUAGCGGCACCAGAGGCUAAGGUGGAAUCGGCGACAGUCAAGAGCGAUGGUCGCGAUAAUCGGCGUGUCCCGAGUUGUGAUGAUGAUGAUGAUGAUGAUGAUGAUGUCCCUAUGAUGAGCUAUCGAGAUAUGUACGGCAGUGGAAGCGCUGUGGGGAGAUCGGCUAACAGGUCUAGUGCCGAUGAUGAGCCACCAAUGCUGAGUUACUCGGCUCUCUAUAACACUGAUGGAACCAGCUUUCCGCCUGCUACCAGCUGUCGGUUGGGGAGCUCAAGUUCCGGAUCGGAAAUAGCAUCGAGUGAGCAGCCUCAAGGGAAUAGCCAACAACUAGCAUUGCAGCGUGGCCAGCAGAACAGUGAUGACGAUGAAGAUCCACCGAUGAUGAGUUACAGCGAUCUUUAUGGCUCUGCUGCUGCUGGAACACGGAAUGCCGACAUGGACGAUCCUGAUGAGCCUCCUAUGCUCAGCUAUGGCGAUUUGUACAGUAGGUUAGGUGGAAUGCAAGGCUCGAGGACCGAUCCGUCACAGCCAUCAUCGGGAGCCGAUAGUGCUUAACAACCGCUGCAAUUGUAGAGGGUUACUCGCUGCCUUUAUUGAUUCCUACGACGUUAUCAUUGUACACGUACUCGCACAGUAAUGCACGAUUU